AUGUCGGCGUCCAAUAUCCCCAACUUGCUCUCUCUGCGGGGAGGCAGAGGCCGGGGUCGUGGCCGGGGUGGGCCAGGCCGAGGUGGUGCCUCCGGGGCCGGGUCCAGUCUAACCCACGACGCCACCAUCCAAGGCACCGAUACCGAUGCUGCUGUCUCCCGACUGAGCGCAGUCGACCUAGGCUAUCUCUCGGACCCGUUUGCCCGGCUAUUUGUCCAGGGCCCAGCGACACGCCGCUUACCUAUCAUCAACCGGGGGACUUACACGCGGACAACAGCCAUCGACGCCCUUGUCGACCGCUUCCUCGCUAGCACGAACCCAGACGAACCGCGGCAGAUUGUAUCCCUUGGAGCGGGGACCGACACACGUUGUCCACGCCUCUUCACCUCGCCCCGCAACCACCGCAAUAUCACGUACCACGAAAUUGACUUUCCAACCAUCAUCGCUCGGAAACAGGCCAUCAUCGGCGCUACCGGUGCUCUUCGUGCCAUUCUUUCCACCCCAGAACAACUCUCACCAACAACCUGGAAAACCAACUCCCUCGUCUCCCUCAGCAGUGAUACCAACACGCUGACCCUCCACGGCCUCGACUUGCGCACUCUCACUCCAUCCUCUCCGCUGCUCCUCAACUUUCUCCCCACCGCCCCAACGCUCAUCCUAUCCGAGUGCUGUCUCUGCUACCUCCCUGUCGAGCACACCACGGCCCUCCUCGCGCACUUCACCACCAACCUCUCAUCUACGCCACCCGCCACCCCGUCCUUAGCCAUUGUCCUCUACGAGCCCAUCCUCCCGCACGACCCGUUUGGCAAGACAAUGGUAUCCAACCUUGCCGCACGUGGUAUCCGGAUGCCAACACUUGAGGCAUUCCCCACGCCCGCCGACCAGGAGGCACGGUUACGUGGGGCUGGGUUUACGGCGACGAGGAGUAGGACCGUUGAUGGGAUUUGGGAUAGGUGGGUGGAUGAGGCGGAAAAGGAGAGGGUGGAUGGACUGGAGGGUGGACUGGAUGAGGUGGAAGAGUGGAGAUUGUUGGCGGGGCAUUAUAUUGUUGCUUGGGGGUGGCGGGGUGAAAAGGCAGAUCUGGAGGUUGGGGGGUGA